AUGUCCGAAGAGCGCGCGCCUGCCCAGGUUGUCGCGCAGGCCGCGCCUACCGCAUCGGACGAGGCGGACACACUGACAGACUCGUCAUCCACAUUACGAGGAGAAACCACCAGAACCCCAUCGCCGACUGAACCGGAACCUCUUUGUUUGAAUGGCGUGACUGCAUCUGACGGCGAUGCUAACUCUCAUUCAAGCAUAGGUUCACCUGCGGUCGACGUCACACCACAGACCGAGACGCAAGGUCUGGUAUCCUCGCCGCCACACAGCGAUGAAAUCAUGGCUUCACAAUCUCAGGACAAUGCGCCUGGCUUUGCGCGGUCACCAGAGGAAGAGUACGUCGACAACAACCACCCUCCUACCCCGCGCUCAAAUCAAGACCACGCCAGCGAAAUGUCCACGACGCCGCCGGUCACACCUCCACACACGCCUUCCAUGGACGAAGAACGCCAGUCACCAAGUUCAUCGGUAUCAUCAGAUUGGUGGACUGAGUUAGGUGUUCCGCCGCCCCCACCGAAAUCCAAGGCAGUCAUGUCGCCUGAUCGAGCGGUCUCUUUUACAGACAUCUCUGAAUCACUCGCUAAGCGCAAAAUGCAACGCAACAUUUUCUCGAAGACACGUGGCUUGAUAAAAUAUCAAGCGGCCAAGAUAUUUCUCAUCUCUUCUCGCGGUGUUCAACGUGAGAAUCUGCCCACAAGGCAAACAAGACCCCCUCUGUUGAAGCGCCGCUAUAGCGUCGAUGUGAAUACUACCACCGAAUGGGAGCAAGAGACAAAUCACUGGGAAUUUGCAUUAUCCCAGGUAAACAGUCACCAGAAACCUGUCUUUAGUGGGCACUUCACUGACGUUACAAAGACAUUUGACAUCCCUGAGCUACCACACAAGGAGGUGGAUCCGCUACCCGCUCUUACACAUUGGGUGCAACUUCCUCAUCCUGCCCGACAUAUUGCUUUCGCCUCGGUCUUCUUUGGUCAGCCUACCCACAACGGAGGAGUGUUCCUUGAGCUGGGUGAUGUGACCCUUCACAACGACUCCUUCAACUAUAUUGGCGCUACCAACAGUCGGAUUUAUGGUGCGGAAGUAUGGAUGCGUGACGAGAGUCUAGACAUGGCUCUUGAAGUGCUUCGCCGCGAAUACGACUGCGAUGCUCACAAAAUCGGCAUCGCCAACUCCACCGUGGCCCAGAUUUGCUACUUCGCCCAAAUGUCAGGAUAUUCUGAUGCGGAAUACGGACAGUAUAGGUUACGUUACGCUGACAAGAAUUGGAUCUUCAUCGUCAUCAACGAUGGCAUCGGCGGUCUCGAAAACGAUGGCCACAGUGGAUUACACUGGUCUCUCGCCAUUCUGGAUCGGAUUUCCAAGACAUGCUAUUAUAUUGAUUCGCUCUUCGUCGAACUGGACUUCUAUCGAGACUUAGGCCGGGAUGUGUCUAUGGGAAUGCUCCAUAUUCUUGAUGAAAACCCACAGGAUUGGAGGUACCUCCCACAAUCCAACAGUCCCGAUCAAAACCACAACAACAGGUUCAAAGAAGAUGGAGGCGCAUGCGGACCAUUUGUGUACAAAAUGUGCGAUAUUUCCAUGGAUGCAAUCACGCGCCGUCAUCUGGCAGGGUUCGAGACCUGCGACCUUGCACUCAAGCGCUGGUUUCCUGAAAAGUUCGAGUCAGAGUUCCAUUCGGAGCAGGUUCGCCAUGAGAUCCAGAGCAAAAUCGCUCGCUGGGCACAAAAAGAGUGGUCUUCAAGACUGGCGAAUGACUGGGACUUCGCGCUUAUCCAGGGCACAGACGCCGUCCUAGAUGACGGACCAGUCGUCGCAUUCGAGGCCCCGGCCCCAGCUUCCAGAUCACAUCACUCGGGACGAUAUGUCCCCAGCGGCAGCAGCUCCCGAUCCCCCAUCACCCUGGACGACGACGACGCGAACUACGUCGUCCACGGCAACAGGAGGGAUAGCCUGGACAGCAACGUUGCGUCCGCGGGUGGUGAUACGACGGUGGUCGACUUGGGUGAGGACUCUGAUAACACCUGGGUGGUGUCAGACGACGAAAUGAACCUGGAUACGGACGACGAGGAGACCGCUGAGGUCGUCCUCGACGGCCAAAUCUAG